AUGGCUCGCAUGGGGAGGUUAGGCUUUCUCGCCGUGGCGGUAGCCUUUCAUCUGAUCUAUGCCUACUCGAUCUUCGACAUUUACUUUGUCAGUCCGAUCGUCAGUGGCAUGCGCGAGUACAGCGUCGCCCAUCAAGAAGAAGCUCCAGCGAAACGACUCGUACUAUUUGUCGGCGAUGGACUGCGCGCAGACAAGGCUUUCCAGUACUUCCCCGACCCUUCCCCUGGCGCCGAACAGGAGGCCGACUGGCAGGAACCGCGCCCUCUUGCUCCCUUUUUGCGAUCGCGCGUUCUCGAGCAUGGCACCUUUGGCGUAUCGCAUACUCGAGUCCCUACCGAAUCGAGACCUGGCCACGUCGCCCUCAUUGCCGGCUUGUAUGAAGAUGUUUCGGCCGUCACCACUGGCUGGAAGCUGAAUCCUGUCCACUUCGACAGCGUUUUCAAUCGCAGUCGCCAUACCUGGAGCUGGGGUAGUCCCGAUAUUCUGCCAAUGUUCCAAGAAGGCGCAGUGCCUGGUCGCGUAGAUGCCUUCAUGUACGGUGCCGAAGAGGAGGACUUUAGCAAGGACGCAACUCAUUUGGACACUUGGGUUUUUGAAAGAGUGGAGGAACUGUUUGCAAGCGCCAGUCAGGAUCCUGAAUUGGACGCACGCCUAAGGCAGGACAAGAAUGUCUUCUUNUUGCAUCUCUUGGGCCUGGACACCACCGGUCACUCUUACCGUCCCUACUCUCGCGAGUACCUGCACAACAUCAAGAUCGUCGAUCAAGGUGUCGAGAAGAUCACCGCCUUGAUCGACAAAUUCUACGCCGAUGAUAAGACAGCUUACGUCUUCACUGCCGAUCAUGGUAUGAGUGAUUGGGGAAGUCAUGGUGAUGGACACCCAGACAAUACCAGAACCCCCUUGAUUGCCUGGGGCUCUGGAGUCGCCAAACCUGUGACGGUUUCUUCUGGUCUAGCUCCUGGUCACGAUGAUGGAUUUUCCUCCGAUUGGCACCUCGAUCACGUCCAGCGCAACGACGUUGCUCAAGCAGACAUUGCUACUCUCAUGGCAUAUCUUGCUGGCCUCUCUUUCCCCGUCAAUUCGGUAGGUGAACUACCAUUGGCUUUCCUGUCGGCCGAUCAGCAGACCAAGGCCCAAGCAAUGUUGGUGAAUGCCCAAGAAAUCUUGGAAAUGUAUCGCAUCAAGGAACAUGACAAGAAGAAUACCGUGCUUCGCUAUAAACCUUUCCCGGGCUUUUCAGACGACCAACACUCCCCAGACCAUCGUAUCGAAGCCAUCGAGAACCAAAUAAGCCAGGGACAUUAUGAGCAGGCAAUUCUAGAUUCUGACGUUCUUAUGAAGAUGGGCUUACAGGGAUUGAGAUAUCUCCAAACCUACGACUGGCUCUUCUUGCGUGCUUUGGUAACCUUGGGAUAUCUGGGCUGGAUGGCCUUUGCUUUUACUUAUGCUCUGGAUCAGCACGUUUUUGAUGGCAAAAUCGAUGCAACUCGAUCCACCGUGACUACGACUGCAUUCUCCAGCAUCUUUGUUGCACUUCUCGCUUUCUUGCUAGUCCAGUCUUCUCCAUGGACUUAUUACGCAUAUGCCUUCUUCCCCGUCAUGUUCUGGGAAGAGGUGUUCGCUCGUCGUCAAGCACUCUCGCAGGCCAAAGCCAUGCUCUCUCAGCAACUAUCUGGCAAGGAUGUGCUAGGCCUCGGGUUAAAUCUACUCGUCUUUGUUGGAAUUCUCGAAAUUAUGGUUCAAAGCUACUAUCACCGAGAGAUGUACACGCUCUGUUACCUCCUGGCCAUCCUUUGGCCUGCCUCGUACGGAUUAGAGUUCUUGCGCCAGAACUGGAUCAUUUCCGCUACAUGGGCAUUGGCAUGUGCUUCCAUGAGCGUCUUUACUGUUUUGCCAGCCAUCAAGGUUGAAGAUGCUCGAUUGAUUAUCGGGGGUGGUGCACUGAUGCUCCUGAUUGGUAUCCUAUACAUUGCUUUUGAGAAGAGUGUACUUGUGCCAGCUACAUCAAGCCAGAGUGGUCUCGCUGCUCCAAAGCCAGAUCAAACCUCUAGAAUGCUCACUGGCGUGCAAAUCGGUCUCGUCGCAUUGGCCAUGGUUGUCACGCGUACAAGUGUCGCUUCGCUGCAGGCAAAGACUGGUCUGCCUCUCGGUGCGCAGGUCACUGGCUGGGUAGUGUUUGUGUCGUCUUUGAUCUUACCUUUUGCUCACUCAUUCUCGCCCAACAACCACUAUCUUCAUCGACUAGUCAUCAUCUUUCUCGCAUUUGCACCAAUGUUCAUCAUCCUCACCAUUAGCUACGAGGGCCUCUUUUAUCUCGCAUUCAGCUGUACCCUGAUCACCUGGGUCAGACUCGAACACCGCAUCUACCGCGCUUUCACAACCAAAGGAUCUUUACCUCCACCCACGAGCCCGGUCUCCGAUCUCAACCCUCUGACACCUGCCUUGGCGGCAUCUACAGACCGCGCAACCGCUCUACGCAAGCACGAAUACCGCUCCCUCACCUUGGCCGACGCACGCAUCGCCCUCUUCUUCCUCUACCUCCUCCAAUCCGCCUUUUUCAGCACGGGCAACAUCGCCUCCAUCUCGUCAUUCAGUCUCGAUGCCGUGGCCCGCUUGAUCCCCGUCUUUGACCCUUUCUCUCAAGGCGCCUUGCUCAUUCUCAAAAUCUUUGCGCCGUUUGCUCUAGUGUCUGCAAAUUUGGGCAUUCUUACUAGACGUCUGCGACUCAAGUCUGGCGCGCUCUUUGCACUGGUCAUGGCGAUCGGAGACUGGCUAACAUUGAGGUUUUUCUGGAGUGUUAGGGAUGAGGGCAGUUGGUUGGAAAUUGGAGAGAGUAUCAGUGUGUUUGUGAUUGCGAGUGCGCUCUGUGUAUUUGUUGCUGGGUUGGAGAUGGUUAGUGAGGCUUUUGUCAAGGGGAUUGAGUUUGAGGAUGAGGUUGAGGUUGAGAACAUCAAAAAGGGGAAUGGUAAGGUUGGUGGUGGGAAGGUGGAGUAG